GUUGAUUAGAUCUUUAUAGAUUAAGAAAUCAGAGCUAAACUGUAACGGGCUGAACGCCCUUUGGAUAGCUCCUCGAUGGAAUCUCGGCCUACUCGCAGAACCCGGGUGCUGUCUCGAGCACCCGGAUUCUCUGCGCACCGCCCGAACGACGUUCAGACGACAGCCGCAGGACCCAGAAGCUGCCUCGUGCACCUAGACUUCACCGGUCCGAUUGUUACUCGGGUAACCAGCUUGUAUAUAGACAGCUACGUAGCUUGGGAGCUUAGCUCCUCAUCGAAUACAACCUCUUGUAUACCUCGCGAUUGCUCCCCAGAGCGCAGCCCCUUACAUUUUGUAUUCGAUCCCAAUUAGACAUAAGCCUUAGGCGGACUGUCUUCUGACUAAGCUUCAGAACGUGCUAUUAGCAUA